AUGACGCCUCAUGAACCCAUCACUACAAGUGAGCGUUUGUUGGACCCCGGGAUGCAGAAGACGGCGUGCAAGGAAAAAGCCUAUUUAAUGGCAGUCCUGAUUGGCCACCAGGAACAGGUGUGUCUGGAGUGCCAAUCAGAGACAGGUGGGGGAGGCAGUGACAGGAUGCAAAUUGCGCUUGUCAGUGGAUUUAUGGGCGACACGGUGCAGCUGCCGUCAUAUCCCAGAUCAAACAGGACCCCCGAGCGGGCUGCAAGGAAGACGCUGAAAGGCAGUCAGAUGAAGGAAGCUGGUGUCAAGAAGAAAGAUGGAGCAGUACAAAGAGGAGGUGGAGAUGUGAGCUUGCAGGCACGAGGCAGGUGGAGCCUAAAAAGGAGGAUGGAUGAUGAGAGGAGGGAGGGAGAAGAAGACAUCAUGGAGGACAAGGGGGAGAGAUGUUGGAAAGGAAAAGGACACGUUGAGCAGGAGGAGGAGAAAGAGGAGGAUCAGUGCCAGGAUGGAAUGGAAGGAGAUGGAAAUAAUAUUUCACUGCUGGGAGGACAAGAAGACAAGAAUGUAACCAAAGAAGGUUCCAGAGAGGCAGCAGACAUGAGAAGUGAUGGAGGAGGAGGUCAACUAGAAGAACCAUCUCAUUCUGGACCUCAGGAUGCAGAGACGGCAGGCGAGGUGCAGUUUAUUCCAUGCUCUACGCUGCCGCCACUUUGUGGACGUUACCCACAUAACACUCCCAGAGGCAUGAGAGGCAAUCCCGUUCAUCUGCCGCCAUCUUGUGGACAUUAG